AGCCAGUGAACGACGAGCGUGAGGUUGAGGCCGUUCCGUUGAAGACUUCCGUAAUUCCGAUUUCAUUUCGGCGAUUUCCAAAUUCGUUGUCUUCACAAAUUAGAUAAGGACAAAUCAGCAUUUCAGUAUGGAGGUAGAACCCGAUUCUGUGCAAAGCAAUGGACCUGAAGGAAAUUCUAUCACAGACAAAACAUCUGAUAUCAAAGAAAACAAUGUUAAAGCUGAGGAAAUGACUUCUAGAGAUUACUACUUUGAUUCAUAUGCACACUUUGGUAUUCAUGAAGAAAUGUUAAAGGAUGAAGUGCGGACAAAGACGUACAGAAACUCAAUGUAUCACAACAAACAUCUCUUCAAGGGUAAGAUCGUUCUGGACAUUGGCUGUGGAACAGGUAUCCUGUCUAUGUUUGCAGCCAAAGCUGGGGCAUCUAAAGUAAUAGGCAUUGAAUGUUCCAACAUUGUUGACUAUGCCAAACAAAUCGUAGAAGCUAAUAACUUAUCUGAAGUUGUCACUAUUGUCAAAGGAAAAGUGGAAGAGGUCACUUUACCUGAUGGCAUCACACAUGUAGACAUAAUAAUAUCAGAAUGGAUGGGGUACUGCUUGUUCUACGAAUCAAUGUUGGAUACAGUGUUGUAUGCUCGAGACAAAUGGCUGAGGCCUGACGGCAUGCUGUUCCCUGAUCGAGCGAUGUUAUUUGUUUGUGGAAUCGAGGACCGUCAGUAUAAGGAUGAGAAAAUCAACUGGUGGGAUGAUGUUUAUGGCUUUGACAUGAGUUCUAUCCGUAAAGUAGCCAUUAGCGAGCCUCUAGUUGAUGUUGUAGAUCCUAAACAGGUUGUGACAAAUGCAUGUCUGUUGAAAGAAGUGGAUUUAUAUACUGUGACCAAAGAAGAUCUAGAUUUCAAUACACAGUUCAAUCUGCAAGUCAGGAGGAAUGAUUACAUCCAAGCUUUGGUGACUUUCUUCACAAUGGAAUUCACCAAAUGCCACAAGCGAAUAGGAUUUAGCACUGCUCCUGAACAACCUUACACUCACUGGAAACAGACUGUUUUCUACCUAAAUGACUACUUGACAGUGAAGAAAAAUGAGGAAAUCUAUGGAAGUUUUGCGAUGAAACCCAAUCAACGAAACAAUCGUGACUUGGAUUUCACCAUAGAGAUUGAUUUCAAAGGAGAGCUGUGUGAGGUUCAUGAAUCCAACAAAUACAGGAUGCGCUAAGAAACCCAUAUCUCUAAGUUUGGAUUUUCUGGUCAUGUGCAAAACAGACUACACAAUACUAUUAGUCUGUUAAUUGUCCAACUUUGUCGGUUGUGAUAAAAAGAUUAGCCGUCUAAAGUAUUGCUUUUUAAGUUAUAAACCUCAUAAAAGUAGAAUAUGGGGAAAGAGAUUUUCAUUUUUCGUUGUAACUGUAUGUUUUUUAUAUCAACCAUUUAGUUUUAUAUCCAGUGAAUUAUUUUCAAAUGCCGUGCAUUUUAAGGAAAUGUUAAAAAAAGAAGAUAAAUAUACACCUGGUUUACAUUUUUAACAACAAAAACCUAUUAAUUUUACCCUGUUGAAUAAAAGGGACAACACAUAGUUAAAUAUGUAUAAUGGCAUUGCCUGCCUUGUGAAUUUUGCAUUUUUGUGGUGAGCACUUUGAGAACUCAGACUUUUUAAACGAUAAAGUAAACCCAUAUUGGUACAUAUAUUAACCACCAACGAUUUGAUUUGCUGAUUCGUAAAUCAUUAGUACAGAUAAUAUUCCGCAUUUUGGAUUGUUUGUUAGUAUAUUAUGUGAACACUUUUCUUCAAAGGACUAGGAUCUUGAGCUUAUAUUUUAUUUCUUCAUAGCAAUCAAUAUCAUAAACCUCUGAUGACAAUGAUUGAAAAUGAUAUGCUUAUGUUUAAUUUAUUCUUACUAUUAGGCCUAACUACUUUUUGUGCAACCCAUAUUAGUUAACUAUACAUCCUGCAAUUUUGUUUAGAUUUAGACUAACAAUGUUUUGAGUACAAUAUUAAAUUUUCUGUUAAAUUUUACAUCGUCAAUCUGGCCGGGAAGAUUGUGAAUGCGUUAAACAAUCUCUGGGUUAAACAAUUUAAAAUUUUGUUUUUUGAAGGACUUGCAGGUUAAGUUAAAUUUAAUCUCCAUAAAAAUCGCUUUGUCUUCGACGUGUUAACUAAUUAGUUAACAUUCAGUCGGUACACAUUAUCGUUGUUAAUUUGUCUUAAAAUUUACCUCCUACAUGAUAUUCCUGUACAAUUCAUACAGCCCUGCACUACAUCAAUAAUCAUGAAUAGCUAGGAUUUGGUUUUUUGUUAGUUAUGUCAUAGUCUUUAGUUAUAACAUCAAGUUUCAAAAUGUAACACUUCCUUUUUUAAAUUAUACAUGCAGUAUAAUAAACAAGAGUUUCCAAUUUAAUGGAUUUUAUUUUUAUCAUAGUAGAUCCUGAACAAAAAAGAAACUAUGUUCAUCCAACUAAAUUCAUCACAGAUCAUCACUCUCUUACCACCAUCUCUUAUUGAUUAUCUACUCAUCAUGAGUUGAGAGUUAAUAAUUAAGUUUGCGAUAAAUUGAACACCAAUUUGUUUUGUCCACUAUUUUGGAACCUGGAAUAUAAUUACAGUUUAUAAAAUAUGUAUAUAAACUGCCUUUUGCAUUUCAUAAAAGAUGGCACCAAGUGUAUGCCAAGAUGCAGUAAUGGUAUUAUCCUUCUCUAAUUAUGUCAUAUUCAUUCUUAUUGCAUUUAAUUUUGAUGUGUGAUAAAAUGAUUGGUACUAAAAAUCAGCAACAGUUGACGAAAAGGCAAACUAAGGCAAGGAUUGUACAAACACUUUAUACAAAGAGUGCUGUUAAGUCUAUUGUCUCUAGUCCUUGGUUAUUUUGUGAAAGUUAACAUUUUUUACUGUAAGUAAAAUAACAUCAACAGUGGGAAUUUUUAACUUUUCUUAGUCGUAAAUGUUGCCUGUGAUUGCUACCUAAUUGAUAAAAAGAACCAUUUCUUAGUAAAUGCAGUUUUACUUGUUCA